CGACUCGACUCACCAUCACGCAUCGUCGAGUAACUCUGCCUUGACCCUCUUUGGGCGCAUUACACUCGUUUGAACGAGCAAUACUGGCCUCAUUCCAUGUCUCACUAAGCCUGGUGCACAAGCCGCUCCAUCCAAACUCCGCGUAGGACAUACUCUGGCCUCCUUUCCCAUCAUGCGAUCGCUCUGCUUCACCAUUCCACUCCUGCUCGCUUCUGCCGCGCUCAUCUCGACUGUCCAACGCAUCGAAGCUCAACUCUUGACAACUCUUGAUACCAGAUCGGACGGUCACUUCAACUGUCACUUGUCCCUCUCAGAUGCAUCUGGCCAGUCGAACAAGUACGAUCUGACCCUCUUGCCCUCGCCCAUUCAAAUCGUUAGCGAGACCGCCACACCUCCAUCCACCACGCUUACAGAAAUAGCUCUGAGUCUAUGCCAUUCUCUACCUGACCAUUUGAGCGACAGAUGGAGAAGGAGCUCUGCUGAAAAUCAUUGUGGACCAGACACAAGGGUCUGCACCAAAGUCUCCAACGUGCUAGAUGGAAAUCUGAGAGUGACCAACAUUCUGUCUAGCGCAGGAUCGGUCGGAGGAGCGGGAGAGGUGGAGUGGAGCGCACAGCUGGGACACGAGCUCAGUAUCGGUAGCGGUAAAGAUGUGGAGAGGAGCGUGAUGCUGUCUCUAGCAGGUCAGAUGUAUGCGGGCAUCAAGCAACACACUCACAUUGAGUUCUUUUGCGAUCCCGACGCUGAAUCGGAGAGUAAGCCAACUCUCAAAUUUCUCGACAUUCAAGCUGGUAACCUCUCGCUCGCCUGGCACACCCCUUUUGCAUGCGCUCAUCGAGCGCUUCCGGAUCCCUUGCCAACUCCGCCGGACGAAGACAAGGGGCCGCAAGCACCUUCAGACACGGACCCUGCAUCAGAUGAAGAGACAGAAGACGGAUCGAAAGGCGGCUGGGGCUGGUUCACGUGGAUCGUCGUUCUGGCUCUUCUCGGUGCGGUGGGCUGGCUUGCCGUUGGAACUUGGCACAACUACAAUCAGUACGGCGUUGUGCGUUUGCCCGGAGCCGCCACCGACCUGGCUCGAGAGGCGCCGUACCUGGCAAGAGAGUUCGCUCGACACGUUGCUGCUACGCUCUCAAAUCUUGGUUUGGGAAAUCGCAACAGCGGGCGUGGAGGAUACGAACCUGUAUGAACGACCACUCUCUGCAGACACAGGCCAGUGCCACUCCUUCAUCAUUUGUAACAAUAUCAGAUAGGCUUUCACUCGCGCGCACUCUAUCAAGGUCCUUUGCGUGUGCUCAUGAUACAUCAGAUUCCGAGGAGUAAACCCAGCAUUAUGGGUGGCAAAGGCUGCAGGUCAUA